CACAUCGGCAGCGGGCCCCGCGUACGUACGGCCGGAGUUCCAUUGGGGUGCGGCACAGCCGAGACUGCCCCGGUCGGUCGCCACAAUCCAUAUUCAGCCUUUGUCGAGCGAGGCGAGUGCAUUGGCCUGGGACUCUACUGCAUGUACUAAACGACGAGGGUUAAUGGUUUGCAGGGUUCGUCUGUAUGUAGCCACGACUAGAAUCUCUUAACUUGUACAGUUAGCACUAGAAAGUAGAAUGGAGCGGAGGAGAUCUUUGAAAAUGUCUCGCAAACAAAAAAUAGAGGAGAUAGAUCAGAAGCUCAUGCAAACCUUGAAGAUGUGUGCAGCAGAGAAAAUAUGCCCGGAAGAGUUCAGAAGUCUCACUAGACCUCUGCGAAUGAUCCACCAGAAAUGGAGGAGGAGAGAACGGAUUAAUUCCAUCAUUUUUAUUUCGCUAGUGGUGGUAGUCGUUGCAGUCUUGUAUCAGGUCGAAGCUACGGCUGAAUUCAUAUCGGCAGUGGGCAAGAUUGGAAUGGUGAAAUUAGUGCUGCCAUACUGGGAUUGGACAACCAUCCAUGCUAGAGACUGCCUCUUUCAGAAUCCUUACCGGGAACCUGGAGGGAUCACGGAAGAAGAGUGUGAGCCGUUGGUGAAUCUGUCUAAGGUAGAGAGAGUAGAAAACCUGAGCCAGGAUGCGAUGACCGAAGACCAUCUCUUUAUAGCUGUCCCGGUUAUUGUGACGGAUGCUAUGACGGAUUGGAGGGCUGUCAAAGAUGUGAACUUUAGCUUAGAGUACAUCUCUGAGCUGUACAUUGAUGAUCCUAUCCUGUCAGAGACAUCUGUGUGUAGCGUUUCAGGACUGGACAUGGCAUCAACGUUGCAAGGCUUCUUCAAAAAGAUGCAUACAUUAGAUAAUUUCCAAGUCCAUUGGGGACACUGCAAGCUUCCAGCCGCUAAGGUGUUACGUCAGUACUACCGCAGGCCCUACUUCCUACCAGGGAUGGUGGAGGCAGACCCCAAGAAUUUCAUCAUAGUAGGAGGAAGAAAAGAUGAAGAGACAAUACCAGAAUAUAGAGGAUUUGAUCCGGCCAACAUGCAGGUGACCUGGGUCAGCCAGGUCAAAGGUCAGUUCAAGUUCAAGCUGUUGCCAGAUCCAGUGUGUGAGGAGAAAUGUGAAGAAUUGGAAGGGACUCUGAACGAAGGAGAAACCUUGGUGUACUGCAAUGACUUUUGGUACCUCCAAUAUUCAGCUGGGCCGAUCGGAAUCUCACUGGCUAUCAGCAGUGGAGGGGCAUGGGAGGAUCUAUGACGGGAUUUGCCACGCCCUUAUGAUUAUUAUUGGUUUACAUUGUUGCCUUUAUUUGAUGUCCAUUUACUGGAGCAAUCAGGUUUUUUGUUUGGGGGAUUCUUUAUUUUGUAUAGUAUUUUGUUCAGGAAAGUAUGGGAACAUAAAUUUGAAUAUGAGAUAUUUAUUUAUGUCUAUAUUAUUGUCAUGUAAUAAUUGUGAUUGUGUGUGUCUACCUGAUGUCAAAGAUUUUUUCAUACCGGUAUGUUUAUACUAUGAAUAUUUUUAUUGAUUGUAUCAGAAUCACAGAAGCUUGGUUCAAAUGUCAUUUUAUGGACCAUCUAGUAUAACUGUAUAUUGCUAUUUUAUGUAUAAUUUGUUAUUGCCAAAAAAAUCAUUAGGACAGGAUUUGGGUUUUCGACCCAAUUAUAUGCGGAUGAAUCUUAAUAUGAACACAGCUCUUACAUAUGAAUGGUAGUUUUUAAAACAUGGUUCUGACUGUGAUUUAUGAAAUGUUUACUUUGUUGCAACAAAAAGAAGAAGUCUCUUGUCUUUCGGAUCACAUGUAUCAUUGAAACAUAGAUGCUGGUUCCCAUAAUUAUUCCCCAAGACUUUCCUGUGCAUGCUUUUCAAUAUGUUUUUUAAUAGUCAAUUGUUAGUACAUUCAAGUACUGGUGUCUUUCAAUUUGUUACAGUACAAGUACUGUAAAAUGAGAUGAAUACAUGAAGGGAAUGCAUGAAUAUGGACAGAAAGGAUUUUGUCAUUAUGUCAUAUAUUUAUUUCCCUAGUAGUGCUGCAGACUCUUUUCAAUUGUAUAUUAUCAUAAAUACAAUGUGUGGGAUAUUAAAAGGAUCUGCUCCACUUCUGUUUAAAAAGAUUGUGUUAAAGAAACUUUUUCUACUCAUUUUUUGUGUCCCUUUUCACCCCAUUUGAUCUUAAUUGAACUAGCCAAGCUAAAGAAAUAUGCAUAGAUUUAUUAUGGCUGUUAUAUUAGGUAUCCUUCCAGCAUUUUUAGUGCUUUGUAUUGUUCAUUAUGUGUCGAUAUACUGUCUAACAGAUUGAUAUUCAUGAAAAAAGUUAUGCUAUUUUAGCCAAAGGAAAUAUCCAAAGAGAAUAAUGGAGUGAAACUUUCAUUUUAUUUUUCUUUCUUUUCACUAUGUUUUUAUUUAAAGAGAAUCGGUAAUGCUGUUUUUAUAUGUUGUUUUUUACAGUUUAUUUAUUUCUUGUGCUGGGUAUAAAAAAAAAAAGGAGUUGUCUCUAUAGGCCCCAAGUUAUUUGAAUAAUAUACUUCCAGUCAGAGUGUCCAGGCUUCUUAAUCAUGUAGCUAAAGAUUAUUUUUUAAAUAGCCUAAAACAAUGUCUAUAUUUUGUAGAAUGAGACAGCCAGAAGAAUCAUAUUAUUUAAACCAGUGUAAAAUCAUGUAUGUGGAGGGACAAAUCCUGUUGUUGAAGACCUUUCGACUGAAAUGGGCAUAAUUUGAGUUUCAUGUGAUGUUUAGACAUGGACAAAAGUUGAAGUCAAAGAAAGAGUCAUUAAAGAUUUACAUGAUGCAAUCGUUGAGAGGUAUUAAGUUGAAUAUUGAUUGCAUAAACGUGUUUUAUGAAAUGUAUGGAGACUUUAAAACAAAUCUAACUGUAUGCUGUUUUAUUUUGGUUAUCAAAUCCAUUAAAAGCACACACUGUUAUUGUGUAGAAGUGCCAAGAAUGAUGUUGGGAAGCAAAAAUCACCAAAUUAAAUUGAGUUACAGUACGAUUCAAAUCAAUUCGAAAAGUUAUGGAAUUACGUUAUGAAAUUAUGAAUUUGUACUUCUAGAUAUUUAAAGGGUAAUUAUGGUUUAUAAUGUUCUUUUCUUUAUAUAUUAUUCAGAAAUGUUGGCUUUAUAGAAUGAUGGGAUGAGACGGAAGGGUUGAGGGGGCAGCAUGCCCUUUCCGCAGAAAACAUCAGAAUAUGUUAACGUAAAAUCAAAAUGACACGUUUUCCUUGCAUUUAAAUUCUAAAUUUGAGAAAUAUUUGUUACCCCAUCUUGCGUAAAGGGACGGACUUUAAUUUCUGUUGUUUCCCCCGUCUGGAAGUCUCAAAAUCGGCGGUAAUCCGCAGAUUGGCAGAGGAAUCUCAUCCCUGACUGAAUCAGAUUUAUCCUGAAUUGAUGCGAGGUUGCUGAAAUGUAUCAUGUUACUUUUUUUAUUGGUCAGUACUAUUGUUUUUUUUAUGGAAUAUACAUUUUUGCUUAUUUUAAGGUGGUGAGGAAUAAAUGGUUUAUUAAUCAGUACUUUUUAUGAAUAAAAUUCAUAACAUUAUAACCAAAGAA